AUAGCUGUACAUGCCUGCAGCCAUCCACCCAGCAAAAACGGAAGCUCCGUGCAGACUGUUUCCUCGUGUUACUCAUCUCCAAAUCAAAGUCUUGGCAGGUUUUGAGCAGAGGAGUGACUUAACUGACUCUUAUGUAAAAGGAUAAUUCUGGGUGCUGGGAGAAUAUACCAUAGCAAGGAGGGAAGGAAGUAAGGAGACUACUUACGAAGCAAUUGCAAUAAUCAAGGCAAGAAAUGAAGCUGAAGUCGGCUGUGCUUUGAAAACUGCUGACUGAACACUUUGAGAGGGGCACCCUCUCAGAACCUGACGCCGAUUGUGGAUUUCAGCCUCCGGAGACUUGGUGCCAGACGGACGGGACAUGUGGGUCCCAAGUGCUAUGGCAGCCUGGAUGAUUUCUUUAGUCUCCAGUUAUUCAUAUUCAUCAAAUACUUUGCCAGAUAUCAAAAAUGAAGAUUUCAUCAAAGACUGUGUUAGGAUUCAUAACAAGUUCCGAUCAGAGGUGAAUCCAACAGCCAGUGAUAUGCUAUACAUGACUUGGGACCCAGCACUUGCCCAAAUUGCAAAGACAUGGGCAUCAAAUUGUCAGUUUGCACAUAACACACGGCUGAAUCCACCCUACAAGUUACAUCCAAACUUCACUUCCCUGGGAGAAAAUAUCUGGACCGGAUCUCUGUCCCUAUUUUCUGUGACUUCAGCUAUCGGGAGCUGGUACAAUGAAAUCAAAUACUACGACUUCAAGACUCAGGAAUGCCAACAUGUCUGUGGCCAUUACACUCAGGUUGUUUGGGCAAAUAGUUACAAAGUUGGCUGUGCAGUACAAUUUUGCCCUAGAGUUUCUGCCAAAUUGUCCAAUGUAGCACAUUUCAUAUGCAACUACGGACCAGCAGGAAAUUACCCAACCUGGCCAUAUAAGAGAGGAGCCACUUGCAGUGCCUGCCCCCAAAAUGACAACUGUUUGGACAAACUCUGUGUUGGCCCAACAAAAAAAAUCACUAUGGUGUUGGAAACUGUAGACCCAAGAUUUACUAAUUUCAGCAAGAUCAAAAAUAUAUAUAACAAGGUCACCCAAGAUACCAGAAUUCUGCACUUUGGUUUCCCACCUGCCCAAGGCACUCUGAAGCCUUGCAUCUUCAUGUGUGGAACUAAAUAAAUGAAAUAAAACUUCAACUUGGUGCUUUUUAUGAGCAAGACAGCAUUUAAGGAGGAACACUGCAGAAGACCAAUAAAGGUAACUUUCCAAAGAUGUUUUACUAAACUUCCUUGCAAAACUUUGCUUUGUAAUUUUGAAAUAUUAAUAUGUAAUUAGCUAAGAGCUUUUGGUUCCUCCCAGACACAUGGCUUUCCAUCCUAGUAUGUCAUUUCAUUUUUUUCCCAUGGUGUGAAGAAGAGAGACCUCACAUAAACUGUUAGAAUUGUGCAAAUCCUGUGAAACCAUUACUGUCUACAUCUAUAAUAAACUGAAUUCCUCAGAAGUCCAAGGAUGGGGUGGGGGUUCUUAGAGGGAGGACAGAGUGGCAUUCCAGAGCAUGAAAUUUUCUUUGGAGAAAGUGUUACAUUACUCAGACGUUUUCUAAGGUGCCUUCCAGCUCUAAUAUUAUAAAAGUCUUUUAAACUGCUUGUUCCCUUGUUCCUAUUUGUAAACACUGAAUUCUCAUCUUUACUCCAGAUACCAUAAUACUUCUUAGCCCAGUUUUCUGUGCCAGUCAUUUUUCACCAACUUCAACCAUUCUUUAUUUCACUCCUAUCAGUCUUGUUAAGAGAUAUCGGUGACAUGUAGCCACAAUGCAACUGAUUUCUUCUCAACUGACAUAUUAUUGAAUUUUUCCUUUCAUGUUCCUACAACACUCCAAAGCAUACUAUUAUUAUUUUUUCAAGUCAGGCAAUAUAACAUAGGGAUUAAAAGCAAUGAUUCUGGAACCAACAUGCCUGGACUCAAUUAUCAGUCCUACCACUGUGACUAUGGGCAAGUUUCUGGACCUGUUUCCUCAACAGUGAAAUGUGGUAGACAGUACCUCUUUCAUCACUGGUUUACUGAAACAAUUCAAUGAAAAAAUAUAAAUGGAAUAUUCAUGCUUAUAACAACCUGACAUACAAUAAUGCUCUAAACAUUAGCUAUUAUCCACAAAUUCAUCCUCCCUGUAAUCCUAAACUUUGAUCUUACUUGGUGUUUUCUUUAGGCACAAACUUUUAGGUGACAUGUUUUUAAUGCCCAUAGCAAUCUUUGUGACACUUUAAAACUAAUGAUGAAAAUUGAGACAAUUAUUUAAAAUUAUUUAAACAGUAAUUUAAUUGUUGCCACUGGUUAGUUGCCUGUCCUCCCCACAAAAAAGAUGGAAAUUAUGCCUGUUUUACUCAACCUUUGUAUAAAAAGUGCCUAGUCUAGGGACUGGCAAAUAAACACUUAAUAUUUGAGUGCAUGUUUCCUAGAAAAAUCUGACAUUCCCUUUAAAAAUCUAGAUAAAACUUUUGAGAUAACAUUCAGAUUAGGGCUGCUGUCCAAUUAUAAAAAGGCCCUGGACUCUUAAGAAACAUAAAGAGGGAACAUGCUAACUUGCAUAUUUAAAAGAUACUCUAAAACGCAUUACCCAUUUACUUUAGUUUCUCAACAUCUUCCAGAUUGGGCCUGUCACUAAUUUCCUAUCCACAAACCUCAAUUUGUAAUAUAGUUUCAGUUUCAUAUAAAUGUAGGCUUAUUUUAAAGCAUUUUAUUUUUGACACUAAUACUGAAUAGGAUUUGCAACUAAAAAAAAUCGUAAUAGCCAUCCUCAUCUUUUUCAUGAACUUAGAUGGGGGUAAGAGUUAGAAGAUGAAAGCUUUUACUUCAGAGAUUUCCAUCUCUGACAAAUUACAGCAACUGAUGGAAGAAAAAAAUCCUCUGAGGAUCUUCUAGAUUCUGUUGGUAGUUCAACAAAUACAUAAAGGCCCAAUCAGGACUGUUUCUCAAAAUGUGUUGGGCACCCCACUAGUACAUAAAGUGAUUUUAGGCAAUACAUAGAUGUGCAUUGGUUUCAACAGUUGAAUAUUUAAUGUUUUAAAAAUAUACAUACCGGAAAAAAUAUAACUAGCACAUCAAACCCUUGAUUUCAUGGGUAUUAUUGCUGAGAAAAGUCAGAGUAGCAACUACACAGUAAUUCAACAUAGACAAAGCCCAAUCACAGGCAUUAUGUUCAGGGAUGCUCACAAAUGCCCAGAGGGCCAGCUCUUUGAUGGGUUCCACCGCAGACAUUAAAUAGCAGCUGACAUAGAACUGGUUUGGAGCAAAGGGACUGGCAAAUAAAAGAAAACGUCAAGAAAGUUAAAAACAGGUAUAGAAUUUAUUUCUUCCCAGUAUUGUGACUGUCAAAACCUGUAUGAAAACUGAGGUAAAGGAAGGGGGUAAUUGCGACUUUAAGAUAGUCAUAUGCCCCUUUAAUAUUUAAUUACACACUGGAAUGGACUAAAGAGAUUCUGUCCUCUCUUUACUACUCACUGAUCCUAAAUAGUAUCAGUCUUUUCAGGGAGAAACUUAUUUCUUGGUAAACAUUUUAAUUAAUUGCUCACAUUAUUACUAAUAUGUUUUUAUUUUUAAGUUUUAGUGUUUUCAUUUUUAAUUUCAUGUUUAUUUUAAUGGUAUUUAUUAUCCUCUAGUUAGGGAGUAUAAAAUUAUCUUCCAUUUAUAGUACUGACACAGUUUCUUUUAUAUUUAAAGUGAUUUGAUUUUAAAGUAUCAAGCUAGUACAGCUAGUAUAAAAAAUCAUGCAUAAUUAACCUUUGCAAUCACUGCAACAAAGCCAAAGCAGCAGUUACAGACUUGGCUUCUGUAAAUAAAACAAAAAUCUCACCAUAUCCUCUCUUUAAAAUUAUUUUUUGUUUCUUCUCCCUGACU